GUAAAACAGAUUGCCAUAUUUUGAUCAUUAUGGCUGAUAAAUUACCUCUUGAAAUAAUCGAAAAGAUCUUAAAAUAUCUUAAACCUUCAGAUCGUUUGGUCGCUUCAACGAUAUGUUUGUUGUGGUACGAAGCCUCUCUGACUAUGUCUCUGUGGAAGGAUGUAGUUAUUACUUUUGAAAAUUCUUUGGAUGACGCUGCCUGUGUGUUCCAAUGGACAAGAAAACCUGUGCAGGAUCUAAAAAUCCAGGAAAUAAAUUUUAGUGCCAGUACCCCUGGUCUGUUUGAGUUCUGGAGCCAAAUCAGUCGAAAUCUCUUGUCAUUAGAAAUACAUGGAAGCUAUAUAACAGAGGCCAAUCUAUUGAACCUCCUUUUACAAUGCCAGUCACUGGAGAGCCUACAUUUUCACAACUGCCGUGAUACUUUCAUUACUGGAAAACUUUUCAGCAAUGACCUAGUCUUGUCCCACAUUAAACUAGCCAUGCCAAAUUUAAAGAAACUUGCUUUCUCAGAAAACAGUUCCUAUUUCUCUGAUGCCCUCCUCGAUCGAUUCAUGGCUUUAGUUGUCAGCCUGAAAUAUUUAAGCUUCUCAGCAACCACCAUAUCCUUCCAUCCUGGAAUAAAUAAGAAAUUUUAUUCCAAAAACAAUGGCAAAGGAGAGAAUAAAUCAUCUGAAUUAGUCUUAACAUUUGACUGCAUGUUGCAGCAUAUUGUCGAACAUUCAAAAACGGUCGAACAUCUUGACUUUAGUCAAACGCUCAUAGAUGACAAGGCGUGCAUCUCAUUGUCGAAGGUAGCUGGCCUAAAACUCCAUAGCCUCAUACUGCGUAGCUGCGAAGUAAGCAGCACGGGAAUCAGUGGUCUUUGUGCUACUCAAUCAACUCUAACCGAACUCGAUAUUAGUUCUUGCGUUAGAAUUACAGACAAUGCUUUAAGUAGCAUCUGUUCUUUACUACCCAAUUUGCAAAAGCUCUCGAUUCAAAACUGCCGUGCAGUAACGGACAUGGGAAUCUCCUAUUUAAGCCAGUUAUGUUACCUUUCGUACGUCAAUCUGCAAGGUCUUCAAAACAUAACCUCCUUAGGUGUCGAAAACGGUCUGCUUUCUAAACGGAACGAAACACUUACGCAAAUCAACCUUAGCAACACCAGAAUGGUGGAGGAAACAUUACAUCAGUUGGCGAAGAAUUCUCCAUUUUUAACCCACCUCAAUCUUACUUCUUGUAAAAUGGCGGUUUCAGACUCCAGUCUCCGGGUUGUUCUGAAUUCACUGUUGCAUCUGCGUGAACUCCUUCUCGACUGGUGCAUCUCUCUGACUGAUGACGGUUUCGCGGACAAAUUGACGGUGACCAAACUUGCUAUUCAAGACGAUGGAAAUUUCCAAGAUAAACCGCUUGAAGCUCCAUGUAGCAAACUAAAGGAAAACUGUACACCGGCAGAGUUCUACAGCUUUUCAGGUCUUAUUCACCUAUCAGUCGGCGGGUGCAAUAAACUUACAGACCGAAGCUUGCAGUAUGCCUUUCGAUUCCGUGAACUGCGACACCUAGAUUUGAAUGCUUGUCCAUUGAUAACAGAUAUCGGACUUGUCGCACUUAGCGAACAAAAUCGUGGAAUCGAAAUACUAAUUUUGAACUAUGGUAAAUUUACCGAUUAUGGUAUGACAAAAGCAAUAAGUUACCUCUCCAGACUAAGGCGAUUAAGUCUGCAUGGCUGUCUAAAUUUAACCAAGUUAACUCUUAAUGCUAUUGAAAAGUAUCAAUUGCGGUACCUGAGUCACCUGAACAUUAGUCAUUGUAGACUGAUAUCGCUCGAAGAUGCAUUUCAGUUUCAACUUAGAAUGCCUUCUAUCCGCGAAUUAGACACCGCUGGCCUGGAAUAGUUCUAUCGACUUAGAAAUGUGUUCCCUCGAAUGCUAAACUUCUU